AUGGAGCAGCAGAGCUUGAGUACCUAUCCAGCAUCUGGGAAACAGUAUUUGGAGAAAAAGGAGUCUCCGCUGCGCAGAUACGAAAGCCUGAAACGGCCGGCUGGUUAUUCUAAGCCUGAGGAAAUCAUGGAUCUCUGGAGCCUGGCCAACGGACAAGCUGCCGAAUUAGCAGUCGGAGUAUAUUCUCUAGAGCUAAGCUGCGAUGAUUUAUCCCUCAACUCCGAGAUCAUUACCUUUUCUACAAGUACAUCUACUAUUUACGCAUUAGCAGCCGCAAAAUCUAGUCAGAUAUCAUCUACUAGAAUUCAUCCUCUCGAUACCCGUACACGGAUACCAGUAUGCUCUACCGUGCUCAAUCGUCCAAGUCGGCAAGAUCCCCUUAUUGCUUCCAUCUUUCCAAAAGCUGCUGGCUUGAUGGCGCUGGACCAGUCCUCCAACAUGGCUAUUGAAAAGGGUCUAGACCGACAAGCAAGUGCUCUAUUGCAAGCAGAGGCCAUUAAGAACGCCCAGGAAAAAGAAGCAAGCAUGCUUCUAUGGGAUUGUGAUAGUGGUAGAUUCUGUCUCCUGCAUCCGACUUUACUCGAUGACAUGGCGACCACAAUGCGUAUAGAAAUUACACCUUCGCCAACUGCUCCUCAGCAAAUUACAAUCUUUGCCCCUGAGACGAACACACCGCUCCUCGAGCUGGAAAUGAGUGCUCUUGCUCUGAAGAUUCAUGUGGAAACAAUAAAAUCACUCCCGAGCCUCUAUAUUCUGGACACCUUAGUGACGUCGAUGCUAACCCUCCUAUUACAUCUCCAUCGCCUGUGUGCUGAUCCUUCGAACCGACACUCUCCACAACAAGCCCAUCGGCCGGAAGACGACCCACUUUACUUUCCACCUCCACCACCCUCGUUACAUUCGACAGCCUCACGCCGCGACCUACGUCGUCAGCGCGCUGAUUCUCGACAUUCAGCUUUUCGCUCUGUUCGCUCAGUCAAGUCAUCCCGUUCACUGGCCUCAGGGUACGAAAAGGACAUCGAGCUUGGUGUUCUCGAUCCGGAAACAGCUCGGAUGAGCAAGGACGAGCUGAAGCUGCAGAAAAAGAAGGCGCCGAAAGGUGUCAUUGAUGUUGACGAUCCUGCAUUGCCGAAAGGCACACGAGCAGCGUUACGGUUUAUGUAUUGGGUUUUUGAAGUGGUGUAUUGGAUCCUUGGGGCAUUGGUGCAAUUUGUAGCGCUUGGAGUUGUUGCAAUGGGAAAAUUCGUUCAGAAAUUGUAA